AUGAUGCAUUUCUUUAAUCUGUUCUUAGGACUGGCCCUGCCAGCCCUGGCCCAACUGCACACCUCGUCCCGAUGGAUUCUCGACUCCAACAACCAGCGCGUCAAGCUCCGCUGCGUCAACUGGGCCGGCCACAUGGAGGUCAACAUCCCCGAGGGGCUGCACCACCAGUCCAUCGACACGAUCAGCAGCUGGAUCGCCAGCAACGGGUUCAACUGCGUGCGCCUGACGUACUCGAUCGACAUGGCGCUGAACCCGUCUGUCAAGGUGGCCGACUCGUUCGUCGCGGCGGCCGGUGCGGCAGGCGUGAAUGAGUCGGCCAUGACGACGCUCUACCACCAGGCUCUGGCAAAGAACCCGUUCCUGGCGGACGCGACGAGACUGGACGUCUUCGCCUCGGUCAUCGACACCCUCCACAGCAAGGGCGUGAGCACGAUCCUCGAUAACCACGUUUCGCACGCGAGCUGGUGCUGCAACCUCACCGACGGCAACGGCUGGUGGGACACCGCGCAGGGGUACAACGACUGGAACAGCCGGUACUUCAACACGACGCUCUGGCUCGACGGGCUGCAGGCCAUGGCCACCUUUGCCAGGUCGCACGCGGGGGUGGUUGGCAUGUCGAUCCGGAACGAGCUGCGCGCGUUCCCGCUGUUGCAGGACCUGAACAACCACGACGACUGGUACGAAUACGUGGUGCAGGGCGCCGAGACGGUGCACGCCGCGAAUCCGGACGUGCUGGUCAUCAUCGGCGGUGUGAGUUCGGCAACGGACCUGUCGUACAUCGCGGACCGGCCGCUGGACGUGUCGGCGUGGGCCGGCAAGCACGUGUGGGAGUUCCACGCGUACUCGUUCACGGUCACGUAUCCGAACCCGACGGGGUCGUGCGAGGUGGCAUCGGCGCUGUACGGGCACUUUAUCGGGUAUCUGCUGACGCAGAACGAGACGUACACAGCGCCGGUGCUGCUGUCCGAGUUCGGGGUCGGGAUGACAGGCGGGCCGGCGAACAACUGGGGCUUGUCGGACGGCGACCACGCGUACCUGCAGUGUCUGGUGCAGUACAUGGAGUCCAACGACGCCGAGUGGGCGGUGUGGGCGGUGCAGGGCAGCUACUACGUGCGGGAUUCCAUCGUGGACUACGACGAGGACUACGGGCUGCUGACGCACGACUGGAGCGAGUGGCGGAAUCCGGCGUUUCCGGGGAUGUUGGGCAAGAUGUGGAAUGUGACGCAGGGGCCGUAA